AUGGCUAAACAAUUGCGAAUGGUGGUUAGUUCUUUACCGUCGUCCCUGAAUUGUCCCCUCCAACGACUUGUCGAUCUCUCAUUCCAUGCUACUGACUGGGUAUACAUCCUGGUUCUUACUCGAUUGAGUCGAUUCAUCCCAUUCAUCCGCGAGCCUAGUAACGGCAACAACAACGGCAACAGCAAACGCCAACAACUAAACUAA